AGCUUUUUCUUGAUUUAAUGAACUGCUUCGUGCACAAGCGGUAGCUCUAAUUACCUCAACAUUAGCGAUUUUCGUCAAAUAUAUCGACUAAUCCAAAAAGAUGAACAUCCUCCCGAGAAAACGCGUUUCUUAUUUACAGCAACUCUAAACAGUGAAGAUCCACGAAACAAAUUCAGAACAGAGAAACGAAGAAACUCACCGAGAAGGAAUAGGCUUUUUCUAAGCUUCGUUUGUCCAGCACAGAUUCUACAACUGUCAUUUUACCAAAGCAAAGGUGAUUGAAAACUACUGCUUCACAACAUCUACCUAUCAGAAGAUCAACAUGAAUCAGAGAUCACCCGCGAGAGGCCGUCAAUAUCAGCUCUUCAACCCAAGUGAGAUCCAUCCUAAUCCAAAACACGUAAUUCAGCAAAAUGUUGGAAGUGAUGAAAUCCCCCGUCAGAAGCUGUCGUGCUCUCAGCUCAUUCACUUUCUGAAAACAAGCAGCAAAUCAAAACUAGCGUCUGAACUGCCGUCAUCAGCUGCUGAAGUCAAAUACAGGCCAAACCUAACUGAGGCUUCAUUUAGUCUGAUACAAAACAUCAGCACAACAGCUUCUGUGGAUCAGAGAGUCACGGCUUUGACCGGCGCCAAGAAGGAUGUGGAGAAUAAGAUCUUUUCUAAGAGCAAAGUUUCUGAACCCGUGUUUGCAGAGAAAGAAAGCAGUGCUGAGGUUUCCUACCACUGGAUGAUUGCCACAAGCACUGAACUGUGGGACAUUGGGGAUAUUUUCUCAGAUGCACAUCAGUCCUUGCCAGAGCCGUUCCCAAAUGAAGUGCCAGAUUUUAAUUUCCAAGCUGACUGUAAAGUUCCUGAUCUGUCCAGCCGAAGCGUGUGUCCCUCGGCAGAAGAAUCGUGGCGUCUGAAGGACGGUCAAAGCCCCGACACACUGACUGACCACACUGAAGAUGACCACGCUGUACAUGUCACAAUCCCAGAGUUUCAGAGUCACAGAUUUGAGGAGAUUCCAGUUGUUAUCAGCCACGUGGUUCAUCCAAACAAGUUCUUCAUUCAACACAAGGACACAGAUCUCUGUGAACUCUCUGAAAUCAUGCAGAGGAACAGCAGUAGGUCUUUAGCAGAGAUGAACCGCAUCCCAGACAUUGGAGCUUAUGUCAUGGUUUGGUUUCUCAAGCAAGAGAUGUGGUGCCGUGGCCAGAUCAUCAGAAUCCGUCGGAGUCGAGGGCCCAGCAGCAGAGAUUGCAAAGACACUAAGGUGGAGGUCAGGAGGGUUGACUAUGGAGAUGUUGUUUGGGUCUCUCUUUGGGAUCUUAAGGAACUGUGUGGAGAAACCGCAUCCAUACCUGUGCAAGCGCUGCAGGUCUCACUGGCGAAUGUGAGGCCAGUGAAUGGAGAAACAUGGUCUUUUGAAGCGAUCAACUGGUUCAAGAGUAAAGUGCAGAACAAGACUCUUUAUGCCAGGCUUUACCAAGAAGAAGGAGAAGUUUUGGUUGAACUCUUCAUGGAAAAGGGAAAGAUUGGUGCCAUGAGGAGAGGAGACUCUCUGUCUGUCAGACUUGCUCUGAAUAGAUUUGCCAUUCAUGAAUGUAACAAACCCAGGAGUCUGAAGAGAAGUGACGUCCCAGAACAAACCAGACAGCAGUCCUUACAGUGGGAGAAAUAUCUGAUCUCCUGUUACAGUCACAACAGGAAAUAAUGUUCACAGUAAUCAGCAAAAUACAGACCUUUGUCAUUCUUCAUUACUGUACAAUCUUAUGAAUACUUCACAAUAUCUACUA